AAAAAAGGUUGAAAAUUGCUGCUUAGCCAGCUGUGGCCAUGGGAAAGAGAUAUUGCCAUCCUCAGAUAAGAAAUAUACCUGGAGCUACCUCCUCAAUUUAGACGCUUCCUGAGGAGGGCUUAGUGACAGCGAAAGCUUAAUUUAUUCUUUUCCUGUUCCCAUGCUCUGUAAUUUCCCACUCAGUGUUUAUAAUCUUUAUAAACCAUGGCACAGUCCCUAUUUUUAUAUUACGGUUUUGGAGGACUUCUUUUUCAGAACUUUAAAAUAUUAUUUGUAUUAUAGAAAAUUAAGUGGGCAUUUCUCCAAUCUCUUCUCCUGCCUAAGAAGAACUUCAAAGCCGGAGGGCCUCCCUUGACUAUUCCUGCUCCUCCACAUGCCUAUGGAGAAGGAAGAUAAAAGGAUCAGAGUGUCUCAGCCCUUGACAAGAGGACCAAGUGCCUUUAUUCCAGAGAAGGAAGUUGCUCAAGCAAACACAGCGGAUGAACGUACUAACUUUCUUGUGGAAGAAUACUCUACAUCCGGUCGUCUGGACAACAUCACCCAGGUCAUGAGUCUGCACACUCAGUACCUGGAGUCUUUCCUGCGGAGCCAGUUCUACAUGCUGCGCAUGGACGGCCCCCUUCCUCUACCACACAGGCACUACAUCGCAAUAAUGGCUGCAGCUAGACAUCAGUGUUCUUACCUAAUAAACAUGCAUGUGGAUGAAUUCCUAAAGACAGGAGGUAUCGCUGAGUGGUUGAAUGGUUUGAAAUAUGUACCACAAAGACUGAAAAACCUUAAUGAAAUAAAUAAGCUGCUAGCACACCGACCCUGGCUGAUCACGAAAGAGCACAUUCAGAAACUUGUCAAAACUGGAGAAAAUAAUUGGUCUCUGCCCGAACUGGUACAUGCUGUGGUCCUACUGACACAUUAUCAUGCUUUGGCAAGCUUUGUUUUUGGUAGUGGCAUCAAUCCGGAGAGAGAUCCAGAAAUCUCCAAUGGAUUCAGGCUAAUAUCAGUCAACAAUUUCUGUGUUUGUGACCUCGCUAAUGACAACAACAUAGAGAAUGCAUCCCUUACAGGCAACAACUUCGGGAUUGUAGGUUCCCUAAGUGAGCUGGAGGCCUUAAUGGAAAGAAUGAAAAGGCUUCAAGAAGAAAGGGAAGAUGGAGACACAUCUCAGGAAGAAAUGACCACUCGUUUUGAGAAGGAGACGAAAGAAAGUCUUUUCGUUGUCUCUGGAGAUACUUUUCAUUCAUUUCCUCAUUCAGAUUUUGAGGAUGACAUGAUUAUAACAUCUGAUGUCUCCCGAUAUAUUGAAGACCCCGGUUUUGGGUAUGAAGACUUUGCUAGACGAGGAGAAGAGCAUUUGCCAACAUUCCGAGCUCAGGACUAUACCUGGGAAAACCAUGGGUUCUCCCUGGUGAACAGACUUUAUUCUGACAUUGGACAUCUUCUUGAUGAAAAGUUUCGCAUGGUCUACAGUCUCACCUAUAACACUAUGGCCACCCAUGAAGAUGUCGACACAACCAUGCUGCGCAGAGCUUUAUUUAACUAUGUCCACUGUAUGUUUGGAAUCAGGUAUGAUGACUAUGAUUACGGAGAAGUUAAUCAAUUACUUGAACGAAGCCUGAAGGUUUACAUUAAGACAGUGACCUGCUAUCCUGAGAGAACUACCAAGCGCAUGUAUGAUAGUUACUGGCGUCAGUUCAAACACUCAGAAAAGGUUCACGUCAAUUUACUGUUAAUGGAAGCACGGAUGCAAGCUGAACUUCUGUACGCUCUUCGUGCCAUAACUCGGCAUUUGACCUGAAGCCUCACCCAGGGAAAAUGUCAGAUGUGUGUAAAGACCUUUUCACAUAAGAUAUAUACAUCAGAAGCUGUUUGUGAUGUAGCAUCAAAAGUUAUUCAGUUCUCUGUGUCAAAGUUUAGCCGUUUUGGGGGGCGGCUGUAAUGUGCAAUGAUGUGUUUUCUUUUUCUUGAUGCUUAACAUUACUAACAAUUGCGAAAAUAAUACUGAGGAGCACUACUUUGCAUUGUUUAUAGUUGGAGUUUUGGAAACUGAUCAUAAAUCAUGAACCUGGUUUGUUAAUGCUUAACUUCAGCGCUUUGGGGUUUGUGUGUAUGUGUAUUUCUCUCCCCACCUUUUUUUGUUGUCGUUAAAUGAGGAAAAGCGCUUACAAUCUACUCAAGCAAUUGUUUAUUCAGAUGUUGGAAUUCAGCAAAGAAUAACCUCCUCUGGCCACUCCACUUUUCAUGGUGUGUCCUAAAUCUGGCAGAGGAAAAGCAUGCGCCAUUGAACUAAGCUGCUCACAGGACACAGCCCUGUGUCCCCAGGAGAUUAUUGUCAGGCACUGUUUGGUUUUCUUGUUUGUUUUCGUUUUUUUUACUGCUAUUGGCGAUAACGUGAAAUGUGAUACAGCCAUUGUCCAUAAUUUAAUGUGAAAUUAAUCAUGAUGAAUUCUAUAGCAUGCUACUGAAAUGCCAAAUUCAGCUAUUUUCUUUCUCUUCUGAAACAGAAGUUUCAGUUUUCCAUAUCAGAUGUGUAUAUUAAAGGUGGAAUUAUACACAGUCCUUCCUAUCACUGACAGUAAUCCUCCGUCACCUUCAGUUAUCAGUGCUCACAGUGCUGCUUAUAGUUCAUUUAGUUGGCACAUGUAAUCUUGUACCCACACUAGGCUGACCAAAAAUUUUGUUUGCACAUUUUUCUUUUCUCAUAGUGUUUUCUAUAUUGCAGUACGCAGAAGAAGGUUACUAUUCCUAUAUUUUUUUCCUGUUAGGCUUUUAGAACUUAUUUUCCAUGAUUUUUCUUAUAAUAGGUUAAACAGUUUAUUAUUCAAAGGUAAAAAUUGUGUUUCUAUGCAUUAAUGUGAAUGAACAACAACAACAGAAAGAGUGCAAUAUGUUAAAGAAACAUACUAAACUUCCCCCCUAUUAUGUCACUGCAGAAGUGUCCUUUAAGACAGAGCCAUAAAGAAAUUUGGUUCAGAUUUCUUUAUUGCACAAGGCUUUCCCCUUACUGGGGUUGACAGUGUUCCUUUCAUAAAGCCAAAGCACCCCCUUCCCCAGAAAAAUCUCUUUGGACGACGAGUUUAAAAAUAAUGAACAAGUCUUAGGGGAGGAAUAUAAGCAUCCAAAAAGUCACAUUGUUGCAUUGGUUUAUGUUGCUUGAUUAGACUAUCUUCACAGAGCACAACAUUAUGUGUUUAUAGCUUUAAUUUGUGUUACGUUAAUGAACCAGCGAAGUGCCUAAAGAGAUGCUUACAGCCAUCCGAUGGGACACAACUGCACGGCUUAAACACUUUGUGGUUAAUUAAUGGUGACUUGAAUUGUACACCAACAUGCUAAUUUUUUAAAAGCAGAUCAAUUUUUUCCUAGUAAAUAAUAGUAAAUAGUUAAAAUUUUUGUUAGAUUUCCCACAAAGAUUUCAUUUUAGACUUAUUUGUUAUAUAGGACUUACUUUUUCCCCCCUCUCAUGAAAGAAUAGUGGGCUAGUGUUUUGUUUAAUAAUUCCCUCCCCCCCCCCUUCCAUUUAUCAUCCUUUUCUGGUACAAUGCAGUAGGUUGCUUUCUUUUAGAUUUUGUUCCAGAUGACUGUGAGCCCAGUAACAUAAGGCAGUUCUGCAUUUUUGGAUUCCAGGAUCUUCUUUGAAAACUUCCAUGUGAGGAAAAAACAAUGAAUUUUUUAAAGACGAGGGUGGUUUAUUUAAAGAGAUUACUCAAAGAACUUGUGCCAGGUUUCUUCUGUUUUGUUUAUUGAUAUGCCAUAUAUUGGCUUUAUUCAAUAUCACAUUAUAUAGAUAUGUAUUUUAAAAGUAUAUAGGAGAAUGGCAAAACCUAGACGACAACAUUAAUGUCCAUUUAACUUUCCAAACUUUAGAAAACUUUCAAGUUGAGGAUCUCUUUUAUUCUUGACAUUUGUUUUUUUAAUAGGAAUCCUUCAGUUAAUAGCCCUAUGUUUGUGCAGGGGACCUCUAUUACAGGAGGAAGAUGAUUGUUAUAUAUUGAAAAGGAAGAGAAAUUCUCACAGAACACCAUAUGAGCUUUAGACCAAAAGAGGAAACAAGGCUUAAGUAACUAAAAUGGCCACUUCAUUUUUAUUUUUUGCUUUUUUCCCCUCAGAAAUGUAAGUAGUUGGAGUUUGGGUUACGGAAAUUUAGUGCCUUUCCUAGAUCUCUUUCCUAGCAAGGUUUCUUUCCUCAGCAUUGAUCCAUCUCGUCAGUAAUCAGGAAAAUAAGUUGGCUUGGAACUAUAAACAGAAACAAAACCAUCUAUUUAUGAACCUCAGUGAACCAGCCUAGAGAAGGUGACCUCUGGAGGUGCUUGAUUAAGCACCUACUCAGACGCAUGCGCAGCAUUCCAGGUUGUGGAUACCAUUUUACAGCGAGCUUGCUGUGGACUUUAUCUAAUGCAGACUUGAAAUUCCGAUGCGGUUUUCCAGGGUGGUAUUUUUUCAGAGUAUUGAAUUUACUAUGUAGUAAUUUAUAGUAUAGCUUUUUAUAUUAAAAUGUGAUAUUUUUAAAA